UUAAUUUAUUUUUCUCAACUAGUGGAUCCAGCCUAAAUCACAUUUUAUUAAUUUCAUAUUCUCUUUACUCCAAUUCUCUCAAUUACUUUUGAUUUUUAUAAUUUUUUUUUUCGUCCACCUACCCCACUACGUUCAUAUUUUAUUACCUUUUUCAAAUUUCCGCUAAAACUUCGCGCAUAAAAAAUUAAAUGGAGCAAUGUAUAUAAAAAUGGAGGGACUAUCAUCGAAACACGCUCGGUGAUCAAUUAUGGUAAAGAAACUUCAAAAUUCUCCACAAUUGACAAAUUGACAAUAGUGGGAGCAGAUCAGCAGAGUGGCAGAGUCAGUCAGCAUUGUGAUCUCAUCUCCCUCACCGCUCUUGUUUCUUUCCUCCCAUCUUCCCCGAGAAAAAAGGGUGUAAAAGUCUAAACUUUGAAAUCAGAUGUAAAAAAAAAUGGGCAGAAAAUUCCCACAUUUCAUUCCUUCCCCCUUUUAAAAAUCACCUGAAAAAACAAACACAAUAACCCAGAAAUCUGUGAAAAUCUCAGAACAAUAACAAUGGUGAUUAAAGCAGAAAGCCUAACAUUAAUACUAGUAAAUUUAGCAGGAAUAAUGGAGAAAGCAGACGAAUCAAUUUUACCUGGAGUUUACAAAGAAGUUGGUGAAGCUCUUCAUGCUGACCCCACUAAAUUAGGGUCACUCACUCUCCUUAGAUCCAUUGUUCAAUCUGCUUGUUACCCACUUGCUGUUUAUCUCUCUGCACGGCAUAACCGUGCCCAUGUUAUUGCUCUUGGUGCUUUUCUUUGGGCUGCCGCUACUUUUCUUGUUGCCAUCUCUUCCACUUUCUUUCAGGUGGCAGUUUCGAGAGCUCUAAAUGGGAUAGGACUCGCGAUUGUUGCUCCUGCUAUUCAAUCCCUUGUAGCUGACUCAACAGAUGACAGUAAUCGAGGAACAGCAUUUGGGUGGCUGCAGCUGACAUCCAAUCUUGGCUCAGUUGUGGGUGGGCUAUGUUCAGUUUUGAUUGCUCCAAUAACAGUGAUGGGAAUUCCAGGUUGGAGAAUAUCAUUCCAUCUUGUUGGAAUAAUUAGUGUAAUCGUGGGAAUUUUAGUACGUUUAUAUGCCAAAGAUCCACAUUUCUCCGAUGACAAUACUUCAGUGAAGGCCAAUGGAUCAUUUUCUUCACAGGUGAAAGAAUUAGUCGAUGAAGCAAAAUCGGUUAUUAAAAUUCCAUCUUUCCAGAUUAUCGUGUCCCAGGGUGUCAUGGGUUCUUUCCCUUGGUCAGCUUUGUCAUUUGCAGCCAUGUGGUUGGAACUCACUGGUUUUUCUCACACAGAGACUGCAAUUCUUAUUGGGCUAUUUACUAUUGCUAGUUCAAUAGGGGGGCUGUUUGGUGGUUGGCUGGGCGACAAAUUGUCUAGGCAUUUACCUAAUGCUGGAAGGAUAAUAUUAGCACAGAUAAGCUCUGGGUCAGCAAUCCCUCUAACGGGUCUGCUUCUGUUGGUUUUACCUGAUGAUCCUUCUACUGCUGUGGCGCAUGGCUUUCUCAUGUUUAUCACAGGGUUUUUCAUAUCCUGGAAUGCUCCUGCCACUAACAAUCCAAUAUUUGCAGAAAUUGUUCCUGAAAAAUCAAGAACAAGUAUCUAUGCAUUGGAUCGAUCAUUUGAGUCAAUACUUUCAUCCUUUGCACCACCUGUUGUCGGCAUAUUGGCUCAGCAUGUCUAUGGUUACAAGCCCGUUUCUAAAGGAUCCACUAUCACAGAAGAAAUAGCAACAGAUCGAGCAAAUGCUGCAUCAUUAGCCAGCGCUCUUUAUGUUGCAAUAGCUAUUCCAAUAUCCUUGUGCUGCAUCAUCUAUUCAUUCUUGUAUUGCACAUACCCAAGAGAUAAGGAGCGUGCCCAAAUGCAGGCUUUAGUAGAGUCUGAGAUGCAGCAACUGGAGGCUGAUAACCUGAUUGAAGGGCAAUACACUUUGGCAGAAAUAUCAAAAUCUGAAGGGUUGCUUUUCGAGGAUGGAAGCAUUGAGAUGGAUUACAAAGUGGGAGACGGUGAUGCUAGAGUGUUGCUUCACCAUCGAUAGUUGAUGUCGUCUAGGAUGAUUAUGCUUUAUAAUGUAAUGUAACUUUAGGUGACAAAAAUGUCUGAUAUUUUUUAAGUUUACUCUCAACUAACUCUCAUGGUAGCUGCAAAAUUUUUCCAUGAAAGGUUAGGAUAUUUUGAGUUGUAACGCAAAAAGAAAACAUGUGAAGAACAAACUGUAUUUUUGUCAAUGUACAGAAUAGGAUUUGUUACCUUGUUUGCAUAAUUUUCUGUUUGUGUAAAUUUAGGUCAUGUAAUAUCGAUAACAAUUCAGAUUCGUGUCUGCUAAUUUAGAUUGGUUGAUUGGAUAUGGGUCACGCUUGUCUAAGUCUGUAAUGUACCUAUAUUUGCUGCGUCAAAACUUCUGCAGGAACAGCAGAACAGCAUUGUAUGA